CUUGUGAAGUUUAAAUAAUAAAUAGAUUAAGUAAAUAAAUUUAUUAUACCUAGAUAAUAAGGCAUUAUCAUUAGUUUCAGUGAUGUUCAUUCGGUAACAAGUGCAAAUUGAAAGAAAUGAUGAUUUUAUGACAUGGGGUUCAAAUUAGAAAAAUAUGAGUUCUACACAUUGGCGGCAUUUUUGCUUUGUUUCAUAAUUGCCUUUUUAACAUUUAUGAAUACCAAUUCAUUAAAAAAUGAUUACGAUACAGACACCCUUAAACAAAAAUUGGUAUGUUAUUACAAUCUACCACAUAUAAACCAGUCUCUUCAACCUCAACGUUUAGAUCCUUUUCUAUGUACGCAUAUUAUUGUUGGAUUUUUGGAAAUCAAUAACAAUUCAAUUAUUAUUGAAGAAAGGGAUAUACAUGUAUAUGAGACUGUAGUUAAAUUGAAACAAAUUAAUAAAAACCUGAAAGUAAUGCUUUCUGUUGGCGGAAAUAGAGAGGACAGCGAGUUUUCUGCAAUGAUAAAAAAUCAUGCAAAUCGUAAAGAGUUUAUAGGUUCAUUAAAGAAUAUUUUGCGAAAGUACAAAUUAGAUGGGGUUGAUUUGGAUUGGGAAUUUCCUGGCCUUAAUCCUGGUAGUGACGGAAUGUUUAAUAAUCGUGAGAGGCAACAUUUUUCACAAUUAUUACGUGAAAUCAGAAUGGAGUAUGUCAGAGAGAAAAGGGAUUAUAUUUUAAGUACAGCUGUUGCAGCUCCUAGAACAAUUGUGGACAUAUCAUAUGACGUAUUAGAGUUGAAUAAAUAUGUAGACUUUGUAAAUGUUAUGACAUAUGAUUUUCAUUUCUAUAGCAAAUUCACACCAUUUACAGGUUUGAAUGCACCACUAUAUGCUAGUUCUAAUGAUAUUUUAUACUGGUCUACACUAAAUAUAAACUUCACCAUAAAUUAUUGGUUAAACAGUGGUAUGCAAAAAGAAAAGAUCAUGGUAGGACUCCCAACAUAUGGGCAUUCAUUUACAAAACUACUUUAUAGUUUGUUGAAUCCUCUUAAUAACAAAAUUCAAAGUCCAGCUAGUGGCUAUGGACGUUUAGGUGAGAAUGGCUUUGUGACCUAUCCCGAAGUAAAUUGGUUCAUCAGACACAAUAUAUUUGUUGAUCUUCAAUUCGAUAAAACUUCAUGUUCUCCAUAUGUAUCUGGUGGUAAUGAAUGGAUUUCAUUCGAGAAUACAAGAAGUAUUGAAUGCAAGUCAAAAUAUAUUAAAGACAACAAAUUUGGAGGAGCAAUGAUUUAUUCUCUCAAUAGUGAUGAUUUCCAAGCAAAUGCGAAUACGUUUCCAUUGACAAAAAUAGUAAAACAAAUAUUAAAAUUAUGAUGAUAAUUUUAGCUACAAGAACUUAUAGGAAAUCAAUAUUAUAAUUAUUAGUAUACAAUAAUGAGAACAAUAUACGAGGAACAUACUUCACAUUUAAAAAUUUGUUAAUAAUUAUUAGUAUUUUGAAAAACAUUAUCACUG